AUGACUAUUAGUAAAGAUGCUUUAAAUGUCACAUCACUUAAAUCAACCUUAAAAACAACCAAGAAAGCAUUGCCAGUAACUACUGUUAAGAUGCUAUCAGAAUCGAGAGAUGGAAGAAGCAAUCGUAUGGUGAUGACUGAUAGGAAAUCAAUGACAAAAUCAGCCGUCGCUUUACCUUCACCUUUAGUUUCUAUGAAAACCACUAUCUUGAAGGAGAAAAAUGUUGAAGAAACUGGACUGAAACAUACGAAAAAUGUUAUGAAUAGUAAUAAUGUUAAGACAUCAAAGCAAAACAUUACUUCAACAAAAACGCCAACAGUAAGGCCAACUUCAAAAUUAACUCAGAAAAAACUUCAAGAAAGUGUAAAUUUCGCAAAAUCACGACUGAACAACGAUGCUAAGCCAAAUGUGAAAGAUAUUAUCACUGACUAUCACAAAACAACAAAGACAACGGAAAAUGAUGAAAAAGGAUUGAUAGGAAUGAAAAAGAAAAUUGAAAUUGCCAACUUCGAACCGUUAGUAUGGUCGGAAUCUUUGAUGCCUGUAUAUGAGCAAAUUUGGGAAAGUUACGAAUCAACGAUGGAGAAAAAGAUCGAAGAAGAAAUGAAAGUUGAUGAGGUAAUUGAAAAUUUGGAAAUUAGUAAUUCGGAAUCAGUAUGGGAAAUGAAAAAGGAUUCAGAAUUUAUGGAAACUGAAGUCACAAAAUCUGUUAGUUUGUCGGAUAAAGACGGAAUCACUGUCCCACAAUGCUUUGUUUUAUCAUACAAGGAUGAGAAGAAAUUCAUCCGAGACCUUUCAGAUCCUUCAAAAAUAGGGGAAGAACAGAAUGAAAAAAUAACUGUUGAAGAAGAGAUAGUAGUGAAUGAUGGCAGUGGAAAGCGUGAAAUUGGAAUUUCCGGCUCGGUACCAAUUAAAUCAUUCGAAGCAACAGAAGUGUCGCUGAAAAUGGAGUUAAAAAUUUCCUUGGAGCAAAAAACUCUUGGUACUAUAAUAGGACAAGGUAUUGAAGCAGACACAAGCAAAAAUCUCGGUAAUUCUCAUGAAAUUAUAACAGAAGUUAUGGUACCAACAUUAAAACCAAAUCCUCCAGAAUCGCAAAAUGAAGCAGAAGUUGGUGCUGAUAAUGGAAAGGGUAAAACGAUCACAGCUGAAGAUGUGAAAAAAAUUGAAGGGACAAAAGAAAAUGAGGGAAAAAUGCCACCGGAAAAGGAGAAACCAGAGGUAAAGUUUGAGCGAGAUGAUGGUAGUAAAGAAUCAGAACAAACUGAAAAAAAGGCAUCAAUAUUAGCGGGAUCAGGUUCUGAGCAGCAAGCACAACCGAGGCUGGAAACAAAUAAUAGUCGUAGACAUGGUGACGGAUCUCGUAGUAAGCAUUAUCAGCGGAAAGGUCAGUUUGGUGGAAUGUAUUCAGACGUGCCGGAAGAAUGUAGGCACAAUGCGGCCGGGAAAGAUGGUUCACGUAAGCAUCAGCAGAUUGGUUGGCAACAAAAUUAUUCACAGCUGCAAGACAACUAUCAGCAACAACCGAGUGGACAUCAGAAUCAUUCACCAAAGCAACAGCAACAACCGGGAGAUGCCAACGGCGGAUACAAUCAGAACUACUCUGGUCAACAAGGACAUAGAAAGCGCAAUAAACGAAACAAGAAACCACGUAAUUGGUAA